CUUGCAGCGUUGGAAGCUGGAGAGGGGUGCUGUCCGCGGCCGGCGGCGAUGGAGGCGGCGGGGGAGCGGCUGAGGCCGACGAGGUCUCCUCCCAGCACCUGAGCCGGCCUCUCUCCGGGCAGCCAUGGGGCUGGGUUCCAGCUCCGAGGUUCCCGACGGGGGCUCCGAGGGCUAUCAUGUGCACGGGAUUCAGGAAAAUUCCCCUGCUCAGCAGGCUGGAUUGGAGCCAUUCUUUGAUUUCAUACUUACCAUAGGACACACCAGACUGAAUAAAGAAGGUGACACUCUGAAAGAUCUGCUAAAAGCCAAUGUUGAGAAAGCUGUGAAACUGGAGGUCUACAACAUAAAAACAAUGAAAGUGCGGGAAGUGGAGGUCAUCCCCAGCAAUAUGUGGGGAGGGCAGGGACUGUUAGGGGCCAGUGUGCGAUUCUGCAGUUUCCAAGGCGCCAGCGAACACGUAUGGCAUGUGCUGGGUGUAGAGCCAGCUUCCCCGGCAGCAUUAGCUGGCCUGAAGCCUCAUUCUGACUAUAUUGUUGGAUCAGAUCAGAUACUCCAGGAGUCCGAAGAUUUCUUCUCCCUGAUUGAUUCCCACGAGGGGAAACCUCUGAAGCUGAUGGUCUAUAACACCGAAACAGAUUCCUGCCGAGAGGUUUUUGUAACCCCCAACGGAGCCUGGGGUGGAGAAGGAAGCUUAGGAUGUGGCAUUGGAUACGGCUAUCUGCACAGGAUUCCCACCCAGGCUGCGGUCCCAAAGAAAGCGGCAGAGGCCAGACCCCCUUCUCCUUUGCCUGCUGGAGACACACCCCCAGAAUGCCCAGCUAAUGGCUACAUGGAGGCUUCCUUGUUGGCACCUGCCUCCCAGAGCGAAGAAGCCGAGAGUUUGGAUUACAGCUCCAGUCGCAGCGUGACUCCCUAUUCAGCAGAAAAUUCCCUCCACCCUCCUCCUCCUCCUCCUCUCCAGAGAGUCAUGGACCCAGGUUUUAUCGACAUGUCUGGAGCUGCUUUUCCCCAAUUAAUCGAUUUAGUAAAAACAGCCAACGUGCCUUCCUCUCCUCCUUUCAAUUUAACAGAUGUCCUGGCAGCUUCUGGUAGCUUAUCUACAAACAGUGAAACUCAUUCAUAUUUUGACCGGGCCUCUCUUCCAUUCUCAGAAGAAUCGGUGUCUCUCCAAGCAGGCGAGAACGCUCCGCCAGAACCACACGAGGGAAGGCCUUCCGUGUCCCCUCUGCCACCCCUUCCUAUGGACCUGUCUCUGAACACCACGUCUAGCGCGGAUGCCGAUGCUCAAGAAACUGUCCAGCAGCUCAAUGCCGCUGAGCCCCCCACGCUGCCCCUAACAGACGGUAGUGACAAACGUGCCCAGGAAUUGAUUGAAGAAACCAAAGAGGCCUAGCUCUCCAAAGGACGUUUUUUGCUGUUGGGCUUUGAAGCUAUUGGCCCCAGAAGGCCCUGGUUUUAUGUGGUCCAGAAACAUUGUUUGUUUUUGAAUCAC